GGUGCCCGCUAUAAAACCACCGAGGCGGCCCUCGAGGUUUUCGUUGGGUUUUGGCCGCGGCUAUCGACGCUGCGACUGGGGUGAUCUCGUUCGCUUGCUGCAUCCGUCGUGAUUUCUCUCUGCUCUGCACUUCUUUGGACUGGAUAGAAUGCAAACGGAGGCUCGGAUUGGGGUGGUGGCUGUUCCGGACGGCGGGGGAUCGCAGAGUUCGACCGGAAGCGGGCAUUGUCGCCCCGAGCAGCAGAGGAAGCAGGUUCACAAUCAGCCGCAUGUUGGGACGCUGGAGAAUCUCCUAGCCGGAGGGGUCGCGGGCGCAGUCAGCAAGACGUGCACGGCCCCUCUCGCUCGUCUCACUAUCCUCUUUCAGGUGCAAGGCAUGCAUUCUGAUGUAGCUAGUCUUAGCAAAGCUAGCAUAUGGCGUGAAGCUUCUCGUGUUGUCUAUGAAGAAGGCCUUAGAGCAUUUUGGAAAGGAAACUUGGUGACCAUUGUCCAUCGGUUACCUUAUUCAUCUAUCAUCUUUUAUGCUUACGAGGAAUACAAGCAUCUACUAUAUUCAAUUCCAGCAUUAGGUAACCAUAGAAACAAUGCAUCUUUAGAUGCAUGUGUCAAAUUAGUAGGUGGUGGUUUGGCAGGAUUAACGGCCGCGUCCAUUGCUUAUCCACUGGACCUUGUAAAAACACGUCUUUCAGUCCAGACAAAUACAAUGUAUUAUAAGGGAAUCUCGCAUGCACUUUAUGCUAUCUGCAGAGAUGAGGGUAUUAGGGGACUAUAUAAGGGUCUUGGAGCAACACUAUUGGGGGUUGGUCCUAACAUAGCAAUCAGUUAUGCUGCCUAUGAAACCCUGCGAUCCCAGUGGCAAUCGGAAAGGCCAUCUGACUCCCCUGUUCUAGUUAGUUUGGGUAGUGGAAGUCUUGCCGGCAUUGCAUCAUCAACAGUAACCUUUCCGCUAGAUCUGGUCAGACGCCGAAUGCAACUGGAAGGCGCAGCAGGAAGAAGCCCUGUGUACACCACAGGCUUAUUCGGAGCAUUCAGACACAUAAUGAAGACCGAGGGGUUUUGGGGCUUCUACAGAGGCAUAUUGCCUGAAUACUACAAGGUAGUUCCUGGUGUUGGGAUUGUUUUCAUGACCUAUGAAGCACUGAAAUCCUUCCUCUCAAGCUUCAAUGCUGAACACUAGGACACAGCGAUAUGAAGAUCUUUGAUGAAUCAUCAUGUUUCUUGUAAGUAUAAAGGAGUCUAAUGUACAUACACGGCUAGAUACUGUUUCACACUUGAUUCUUGGUCAUCAAAUUGUUUCGACGUAUGCUUCUCUAUUUAGAGUAACUUGAUGUAUUUCUAUUUUCUAUUGAUCGACAACAGAGAUCAGAAUCAAUUUUGUUUCGUUUGAAGUAAACUGAAAUGUGUAUCCUUUACGCAAA